CUACAGCGGCGAGUCUGGCUGCGUGUGGAAGCGCCACACUGUAAAUUACUGCAGGAACACAGCGCUUCUCCCAUUAUGGGCGACAAGAAAAGCCCAUCCAGGCCAAAAAGACACGCCAAGCCCUGUGCAGACGACGGAUUUUGGGACUGUAGUGUCUGCACGUUCCGCAACAGCGCCGAGGCGUUCAAAUGCAGCAUGUGUGAUGUGCGCAAAGGCACGUCCACAAGAAAACCUCGUCUGAACUCCCAGCUUGUGGCGCAACAAGUAGCACAGCAGUACGCCACCCCUCCACCAGCUAAGAAAGACAGGAGAGAGCGCACAGAGCGAGACGACCACUACGACAUAGACAAUUCAGACUCGGACAGGCCAAGUGUAGACAACUCUGACUCGGACAGACUGGGCCCAGACAGCAGUCACUUGGACAGAGGACAUACGCAUAAAGACAGGAGACCAGAACGCAUUGGAUUGGACAAGCAUCAGCUAGUACAAACAUCAGUGGAAAGGAGACCUGAGAGAGCAGGUCUAAAUCAGGAACUGCAUAGAGAACUUCUGGAUAAGGUUCAUAUAGACAAGGUUCAUAUGGACAAGGUUCACGUGGAUAAGGUUCAUAUGGACAAGGUUCACGUGGAUAAGGUUCAUAUAGACAAGGUUAACGUGGAUAAGGUUCACAUGGAUAAGGCUCACGCGGAGAAGGCUAACGCGGAGAAGGCUCACGGAGAGAAGGCUCACGCGGAGAAGGCUCACGCGGAGAAGGUUCAUGUAGAGAAGGUUCACAGGCCACACAUGGAAAAAGACCACCAUACAGGAGCAUCUGGAGCACAAGCAGCUGAGAAGGAGGACAUGAAGAAAGGCAAAGUAGAGAAGGCAAUGGCGGAGAAGCACAAAGAGAGGGAGAAAGUGCUUGGAUCCAACAAAAAGCCCACUGCUAAGAAGAUAAAGCCCAAGAUUCUUAAUAAAGGUCCUCCCAGUGAGAGAAGCAGCAUGAAAUCUGGCAAAUCAGCAACUAAGAGCAACAAAUCAAUUAUUUCAAGGCCUAAACUGAAGAACAUAGACAGAAGCUCAGCUCAGCAGUUGGCCAUAACAGUGGGCAAUGUUACGGUCAUCAUCACAGACUUUAAGGAGAAGACGCGCUCCUCCUCCACCUCCUCAUCCACUGCCACUUCCAGCAGUGGCAGCUCCGAACAGCAACACCUUAGCUCCAGUUCGGAGAGUACGGACAGGGGGUCGUCCCGUGCCUCUACACCACGCAGAGACCUUACUUCUGGACACAAUGAGCUCCUUUGAAGCUGCGGGAAGUCAGGAAAUCGCAAACACAUUGAUAAUGCACAGAUAGAACCUUUACACUUAAAAGGAUGAAGGAUCAUUAUCAUGCAUGGGCACUGUUUCCAUCUUGAUAUUUUACGGCAAGGUGUGCCAUGUGUUUCAAUACUGUUUUUAACAGCAGCCACUUGAACUCCCCACACAACUCAAAAGUGUGUAUCACUUUGUCACACAUGUGUGUCACACUCAUGACCAUUUGGAGCACAAGAGGAAGAUGAUGUAGCACAUCUUGGGUAAAGCUACACUAUAUGGUCAAAAGUUUGUGGACACCUGACCACCACACCCAUAUGCAUUCUACCCCCAAACUGUUGCCACAAAGUUGGAAUCACACAGUUGUAUUGGAUGUCUUUGUACGUUAUCACAUUUAAAUUUCCCCUCAGUGGUAAUAGGGGGACCCAACUUGUCAUGGUAUGACGGUGCACUUGUGCACAACACAAGGUUCAUGAAGACAUGGUUUGCCAAGUCUGGAGUGGAAGAACUCAAAUGACCUGCACAGAGCCUGAACACUUUUGGAGUGACUUGGAGCACCAACUGCACACCAGUCCUUCACACUUGACAAUUCUUGACCUCACUUAAUCCUCUUGUAGCUGAAUGGGCACAUCCCCACAGUAGAUGUCUAGUGGAAAGCCUUCCUGGGAACCGUGGAGGUUAUUAUGACUGCAAAGCGGGACUAAAUCUGGGAUGGCACGAUCAACAAGUACAUAUGAUUGUGAUGGUCAGGUGUCCACCCAUAUUUGACCGUAUAGUGUUUUCUUGAUUUGUAGCAGUGUGUUUUCAUUGAACUCUGUACAGUCAUAUAAUCAUACAUGCUAGCAAGUUAGCCAAAGGUGUGCUAAAUUUGAAUUCUUAUAUAUAUAUAUAUGUACUAAUGAUAUUGGAUAUUUUUGCUGUUUUGAAAAAGAAACUGUAUAAGAAACUGUAUUAUCUAAACCUAAAGUCUAAAGUAAAGUUGUCUGGAUCCCUUGGGCCUUCUAGGAGUAAAAUAGCUUUUUUCCCCCCCCCUUUUUUAAAUAGUAUCCAGUGAGAAUAAUGUACUUUAACAGCCCUUGAUAUGGUGACCGUGAUUUUAGUUCUAAAAACAGUAUUGAAAUGCAUGGAUGGUUUUCACACUAUUUCCCAGAGAGAACUGUAGAGUUAAAUGUUGUGGAGUCAGAAUUUUUACGUGUUAGAAAUUGAAACCCGCUGUGUGUUUUGAGCCUUAGAUCUCCAGUUUACAUAUUUGUUCUCUGUUACGAAAAUUGCCUGUAUGAUUCUCCGACACCGACGAUCCCCAAACCACAUUCUGACACUGUAUAGGUCAGACAAAGGCGUCACAGUUAUGAGGAACAACAUGUAGAACCUCCAAGGGAAAAAAGUGUGUACUUUUGAUUUGUUAAAUUAAUGAUUGUAUUUAUAAACUGUGAUAAAUAAUCUUAUAUAUGGCUGAACUGGAACUGCAAACAUGAGCAUAUUUAAAGACUGUUGUUCUAGGUGCUAACAUACAUUAAUCAAGGUGAUGGAUGGAUUGGAAAUGACAUAUGAAUAAUUUGAGAUGUGAUGGAAGAAUAAUGUUUAAUCUACUCAUUUAGUAAAGGCCAUAUUUAUAUUGAUAGAAAUUAUGUAUUGUCAGUCUAUCAUCGAUCGUAAAUUCUACUCCUAAAUGAUGUUACCGAGCUUUUUACUUGCCACAAGGACACGUUCUUUAAUUAAGUCGCUGUGAGCCAGGUAAGCAGCAAAACUUCAUCCAAGUCAUUACUGCCUCAAAGCAUUAUGAAACUGUUGUGAUCUUUAUAGAUGAAAUGUCUUUAAUUAGUGUAUUUAUUUUGUGCAAGCAAUUCUGUUCUUGUGUAUGAUCGGUAACCUUAAUUUACUAUGUAAAGAUGGUUACAUAUAAGGAAUACUUGUCAUAAUAUAGAUUAACACUAUGUUUAUCUGUGGUGUAUUGAAUAUCUGGCACAGUUUCUUAGUUAUUUUGGCAUUUAAUUCAAGUUGUGUGUUAAAACCGCAGUUAUUGCAUACACUGUUUCUCUUAAUGCUGCCUGUUUUUUCUUUUUCUUUUUUUCCCCCUCAUCUGCGCAGUCUGAAGUAAAAUCUGCUUGGCAAAUUCUGCUUGUAGCAUAGCUUUCAUUUCAAAUAAAGGAAAUGCAUUUGUUUA